AUGAGCGCGACGUGGACGCUGUCGCCGGAGCCCCUGCCGCCGUCGACGGGGCCCCCGAUGGGCGCGGGCCUGGACGCGGAGCAGCGCACGGUGUUCGCCUUCGUACUCUGCCUGCUCGUGGUGCUGGUGCUGUUGAUGGUGCGCUGCGUGCGCAUCCUGCUCGACCCCUACAGCCGCAUGCCCGCCUCGUCCUGGACCGACCACAAGGAGGCGCUCGAGCGCGGGCAGUUCGACUACGCGUUGGUGUGAGGGGCGCGGCGCCCCCCAGCCGGCCCUGCGCGGGGUCUCCGAGGGUCGGCCCGGCGGGGGGCGCCGCGGGGCCAGGACUGCGCUCAGGAUCCCACCCCGGAGCCCCCAGCCCGGGGGAGGGGGGGAGGGAGUUGGGAGAAACCCAGCCCCUCCCCCUCGAGACCCCUCCCAUGUCCCUUCCUGGCCUGGCCGGAGCCCCACCUCGUGCCUUUAUCCGCCUUGUCCCUUCCUCUCUGCGCAUCUCACCCGCCCGGCUGGCCUCCCCCCGACUCUGAAUCCCGGGUGGGAGGAGGACCCCCGCACCGCCCCCUCCCCAGCGUGUAAGUGGCUCUGCUAUUGUGCGUCCCUGGAAGUGGGGACUCCCUUGUCCCUCCUCCCUCCCCUGUUGUCUGGCCGUCGUCAACCCCACCUUGACUGAGUGUUGAGCCCGUCCUUGGGCUCUGGCCCUGCGGGGCAGGCUCUCCCGGGCCCACGGGGCGGACGCUGCAUACCAAUUUGCCCUGCACCGCCUGUCCCGGAGACGGAGCCCGAAGGCCUGCCAUGGCGGCUGUGUCGAGGAUGCGUGGCGCCUGCCGUGGCGGGACAGCGUGGGCAGGCUCAUUCCUGCCCCCAACCCGGGCCCCAGGACAGGUCAGCGCGCCCUGCCCCGGUGCCCACCGCUGCCCCCCAUCCGCCCUCCUGCCACUUGCCCCUGACCCCCCUGCCAUGCCGCCCGCAGCCCUCCCAUGCCGUUCCACUCCUCCCUGCCUCUGAGCCGAACAUGAUAAUAAAAGCUAUUAUUGAGCGCUUA